GGCGGAUGGUAGAGCUGGCGCAGCUGCCGUGGUGGCAGCGGCUGAAGUGGCGGCGGCUGCGGCCCCUGCAACAGCUCCAGGCUCCGAGCUUUGGCGGCGGUGCCGGCGGGCUGCGCUGCGCGGUGCGGACCCCGAAGAUGCUUCGGAUGGAGGACUUCCUGAGACGCAGCUCCGGGCUGGUGGCUUGCUUAGGCAGCUCAAACCAGAGACCGCUCACAGCCGUGGCCAGCACGUCCUGAGGGCCACAGGGGAGGAAGACAUGGCCGUGAGUCUCGAUGACGACGUGCCCCUGAUUCUGACCUUGGACGAGACUGGCGGUGCCCCACUGGCCCCCUCCAACAGCCUGGGCCAAGAGGAGCCACCCAGCAAAAAUGGGGGCAGCUAUGCUGUCCAUGACGCCCAGGUCCCCAGCCUGAACUCUGCGAGUGAGAUGGCCCUCUCCAGUCCCAUCGGACACAACUGGGAGAUGAAUUAUCAAGAGGCAGCAAUCUACCUCCAGGAAGGCGAGAACAAUGACAAGUUCUUCACCCACCCCAAGGAUGCCAAAGCGCUGGCAGCCUACCUCUUUGCACACAACCACCUCUUUUACCUGAUGGAGCUGUCCACGGCCCUGCUGCUGCUGCUGCUGUCCCUGUGCGAGGCGCCAGCCGUGCCCGCGCUCCGGCUCGGCAUCUACGUCCACGCCACGUUGGAGCUGUUCGCCCUGAUGGUAGUGGUGUUUGAACUCUGCAUGAAGUUGAGGUGGCUGGGCCUGCACACCUUCAUUCGGCACAAACGGACCAUGGUCAAGACCUCUGUGCUGCUGGUGCAGUUCGCCGAGGCCAUCGUGGUGCUGGUACGGCAGACGUCCCACGUGCGGGUGACCCGGGCUCUCCGCUGCAUCUUCCUGGUGGACUGUCGGUACUGCGGUGGCGUCCGGCGCAACCUGCGGCAGAUCUUCCAGUCCCUGCCGCCCUUCAUGGACAUACUCCUCCUGCUGCUCUUCUUCAUGAUCAUCUUCGCCAUCCUCGGUUUCUACCUGUUUUCCCCAAAUCCUUCGGACCCCUACUUCAGCACACUGGAGAACAGCAUUGUCAGCUUGUUUGUCCUCCUGACCACAGCCAACUUCCCAGAUGUGAUGAUGCCGUCGUACUCCCGGAACCCCUGGUCCUGCGUCUUCUUCAUCGUGUACCUCUCCAUCGAGCUGUACUUCAUCAUGAACUUGCUCCUGGCCGUGGUCUUUGACACCUUCAAUGACAUUGAGAAACGCAAGUUCAAGUCUCUGCUACUGCACAAGCGCACCGCCAUCCAGCAUGCCUACCGCCUGCUCGUCAGCCAGCGGAGGCCCGUGGGCAUCUCCUACAGGCAGUUCGAAGGCCUGAUGCGCUUCUACAAGCCCCGCAUGAGUGCCAGGGAGCGCUACCUGACCUUCAAGGCCCUCAACCAGAGCAACACGCCUCUGCUCAGCCUUAAGGACUUUUACGAUAUCUACGAGGUUGCUGCCUUGAAGUGGAAGGCCAAGAGCAACCGAGAACACUGGUUUGAUGAGCUGCCCCGCACAGCAUUCCUUAUCUUCAAAGGAAUUAAUAUCCUUGUGAAGUCCAAGGCCUUCCAGUAUUUCAUGUACCUGGUGGUGGCAGUGAACGGAGUCUGGAUCCUGGUGGAGACGUUCAUGCUGAAAGGUGGGAACUUCUUCUCCAAGCACGUGCCCUGGAGUUACCUCGUCUUUCUGACCAUCUACGGGGUAGAGCUAUUCCUGAAGGUGGCCGGCCUGGGCCCUGUGGAGUACCUGUCAUCUGGCUGGAACCUGUUUGACUUCUCCGUCACAGUCUUCGCAUUUCUGGGGCUCUUGGCCUGGGCUCUUGACAUGGAGCCCUUCUACUUCAUAGUGGUCCUGCGUCCCCUGCAGCUGCUCAGGCUAUUUAAACUGAAAAGACGUUACCGCAACGUGCUGGACACCAUGUUUGAGCUGCUGCCACGCAUGGCCAGCCUGGCCCUCACCCUGCUCAUCUUCUACUAUUCCUUCGCCAUUGUGGGCAUGGAAUUCUUCUAUGGGAUCCUCUAUCCCAACUGCUGCAAUGCCAGCACCGUGGCAGAUGCCUACCGCUGGCUCAACCACACCGUGGGCAACAAGACCGUGGUAGAAGAAGGUUACUAUUAUCUCAACAACUUUGACAACAUCCUCAACAGCUUCGUGACCUUGUUCGAGCUCACGGUUGUUAACAACUGGUACAUCAUCAUGGAAGGCGUCACCUCCCAGACCUCCCACUGGAGCCGCCUCUAUUUUAUGACCUUCUACAUCGUGACCAUGGUGGUGAUGACCAUCAUCGUGGCCUUCAUCCUCGAGGCCUUCGUCUUCCGGAUGAACUACAACCGCAAGAACCAGGACUCGGAAGUUGACGAUGGCAUCACCCUGGAGAAGGAGAUCUCAAAGGAAGAGCUGCUGGCUGUCCUGGACCUCUACCGCGAGGUGCGAGGGGCCGCCUCAGAUGUCACCCGGCUGCUGGAGACACUGUCCCAGAUGGAGCGGUACCAGCAAAAUUCCCUGGUGUUUCUGGGGCGGAGAUCAAGGACCAAAAGUGAUCUGAGCCUGAAGAUGUACCAGGAGGAGAUCCAGGAGUGGUACGAGGAGCAUGCCCGGGAGCAGGAGGAACAGCGACAGCUACUGAGCAGCACCGUGCCCACCAUCCCGCAGCCCCCGGGCAGCCGCCAGCGCUCGCAGACUGUCACCUAGCCCCGCUCGCAACAGCUGCACCAUCUAUGCAAUAACACAAUAGUAUUAUCUCACCGCCAUGUACGGAAACACGUGUGUGUGCGCACACACGUGCUCAGAUAUAUGCACACGUUUAUAUAGAGCAGGAGACCAAGGCAGGGGGGAGGCUUGCUGUGCAGCCUGCUGGCCCCGAGUUCCUUCACUCCAGAAGUCCCUGUGGUUCAGGGGGCAGGGAGAGUGGGGACCCACUCCCAGGGAGCUCUGGCUAAUGUGGAACAUUCCAGAAGCCCCUACCCGAGACCACUAGAGCAGACGUAGCCCUUCUCUGCAGGGCCAGCCUUUAGGGUGGGCCCGGACCAGUCUUCCUGCUGCCACUUUCAAGCCCAUGGUCCCCCUGCGGCUGCCUACUGACUUGCUGUGCCCACUGCCUGGGCGUUAAGUGUCUGGCUUUAGGGACAAAACCACUUAGGCAGGAAAGAGCCCGGACCAUAUAGGCAACACUAGUGCCUGGUACCUCCCAGGGAAGGUGCGAGGGGUGUGGCUCUCCUGGGCAGUCAGUUCCCAGUUAGCAGAGCUGAAAUGGGGAGAGGCUGUUGGUGGGUUUGGGACUCUGACUCGGAAGUCGUUUCUCCUGUGUGUCUGUGUCAUUCCUGUGGCUGGAAAUCCUUCUCUGGUGGCCUUCUUGCAGAACCCAGGUCCAGUGACAGGCUGCUGGUUGUGAUGGCCAUGACACCAGAGUGCUCCCCUCUCCCUGCACACACAGGCUCCUUGCCUGUCCAAACCCCUCUUCCUGUGGUUCAACCUGUUGAACAGAAGGAUGCUGGGUUCACUGAGGAUGGUGCUGAGAGCAGGUGUGUGGGAGGAGUCCACGGCAGAGGCAUGGGGAGUGCCUGCCCCCGUGGGACCUGGCUGCAGCUCAGGCCACCCUGGCCUGGGACAGUCCUCUCUGCCUUGGAGGGCCAGCUGGGGCAGGCAAUCAGCUUCCCCUGAAGCAGGACACUCAGUGAUGCAGUCCCCAGGGACCCUAGUGGGAACUCUGUCCACACACGGGUGAAGUCGAGGCAGGUUUGGGAAUGGAGCAGCGGCCUUCUGAGCUUGGGACGGUGGGCGAUAGAGGUUCCACGACCCCAACACCCCCAGUCCCAGGCCAAGUAGGACAGCCUGAUUCCCAGGGGAGCAGCACCCAGCUUCCCGCUCCCAUCUCCAAGGCCAGGCUGGCUCCACGGCCAGCAUGGCACAGCUGUCCCUGAGCUGGGGAUGAGGGUGGCUGAUGUGGGGUGUUCAGUCACCAUCUCCAGGCAGACGAUGAGUCCCCGAGAGCCCGUGUGCUGCCCAUCGGAGGCAGGUUUUGUACAUUGUCCUCUCCCAGUCUCUGCAGGGCCACAGCCUUCCCCACUAUGAGCAGGAACUUUCUUUGCACAACUGUGUGCCUUUGGGGUUGUGUGUGUUGGAAGUGGGGGCCAAGGGUAGCUCUAACCAGCUGCCAGGGCUGGUUCUGGGCUGUGACCUUGUCCACACGCCUGCCGUGUCUGGGAGAGGCCCUAGGGUCACCCAGCACUGGAUGAACAAGCAGGCAGAGGGGACAGAGGGGCCAGACUCCAGCCAGGGGCCACUCUCAUCGAGACUGAAGACACACUGACCCACAGCCCCGCCUACUGAGCAGGGGACAGCGUCCUCGGGGUCUAGGAGCCCUGGAGGCCCUAGACAUCGCCUUGGCCCCAUGUCACAGCCUGGCAGGGCAAUGACAGCCCCUGUGCCCUCACCCUGGCUUGGUGUAGAGGCCCUUGCUGGCCCCCGCCCUGCCCAACCCCAGCCUUACUCCACACCACGCGGACAAUCAUUUUGUACAGAUCACGGGAGCGGCCUGGGAGGUUUUGUACGUUGCUGAUUUGUUACUUGGAAAUGCCCCGUGUCCCUGAUUUCUGGCAUAUUAAUAAAGAGCCUCUGCUUUGUAAA